AUGGUGAGCUUCGACACGACCCGGCUCUGGGAGACUGCACCAUGGCACGGCGCCACGUCGGGAGUGCUGACUUCACUCGGAGUGGCCACGGGUUCCAUCUUCGUGUUCGCCAGCUUUAACCAGAUCACAACGCCUGUGAUACGCGUGGUACAGGGAGUGGUGUGGCUGGACCUGGCCACGAGUUUGGUGUCGUGCUGCCUGCUGUUUUCGGUGCUGGGCAACCUGGCACACUCCACCAGGGAGCCCGUGGGGGACAUCUUCACCGGAGACGGCACGUCCAUGAUGUACGUCCUUUGCAGCGAGCUCAUUGGCCAGCUCCAUUUCAGGCAGCUGUGGGCCUCGCUCUUGUCGCUGCUGCUUUUCCAGCUGGGGCUCAACCAGGCGAUCGUUGGGAUUUGGACUCUCAUUAUGUGUCUGACGGAUGAGUUCACGCUUCUGCGGCCCUUCACCGGCGUUCUGAUCUUCCUGUUCUGCGUGCUCGGCUGUCUGGCAGGCCUGCCCUUCUGCACCCGCUCGGGCUACCACCUCAGUCUCCUGGUGGAUCGCUUCGCCGUACAGGUGCCCGUGCUGCUCGUCGCCUGCCUGGAACUGCUCGCCUUCGUCUGGGGCUACGGCACGGACCGCCUGGUCUUCGACGUGGCCUUCAUGCAGCAGGUGGCGCUGGCGCGGUCCCUGGUACGCCGCUGGCGUCGCGUGUCUCCGCUGGCGUCCCUGGUUGCUGCCGCCGUCUCCCUGACCGCCGUGCACGUCUACGUGGACGAGAUGCAGGCCAUGGAAAGGCCUGUGCGGUUCGCAGCCAUCGCCAUGGUCGUGCUGGCCAUGGCAGCUGUGCCCCCACUCGUAGUCACCUGGCUCCUCGAAAAUAAUUGGGACGUGGAGCUCUCCCUGCUUCCUUGCGCCCACUGGGGUCCCAGGGAGCCGCAGCAGUUCCGGGCGUACCACGAUGCCAUGAAGACGUCCAGCCUGCCGGCCCAGAAGAAGGUGCAUCGCACCGACCGCAAGGAGACAGUGGCAGAGCGUUUCACCCUCUACCUCGUGCGGCACAGCCCUAAGUACAUGGGCAGGUUCAUCCGCCCGGCCACCACGGACCACAAGACGGCGGAGACCGCCGCCGCCCAAGACCUUGCCCAUCCACGGAGGAGCCCGUUCCCGUGCGACUAGAACGAUCA